GCUCAGUUCGCAGGGUGUUGCCAGUCGCGCAAAUUUAAGGAGGAAAUAGUUUGUUGUAAUCUAUUUAUUCUACUUUUGUGUGUGCACUUUUCAAAGCGAGCAUAAAUGUCACCGCACAGCACGCUCAUCUCUGGGAGCUCGUGGUUGAAAUGGACGGACGCAUUUCUUUACUUGGGUCUGUUCGUGCAGGCGGCGGUUUGGGAAACGACAGAGGCCAUCCACCCAGACUGCGCUCUGGUUGUUCAGCACAUGAAGGCUCAGGAAGAAUGCCACCAGAUCCUCAAGCAGGAGGAGAACAACCACUCUGCUAAGACAGGCUGUCCGACAGUUUGGGAUGACAUUCGGUGCUGGUAUCAUGCUGAGGUGGGACAGGUGAUCAGUGUCUCAUGUGCCAACAUCUCGCAGCUGUUUGCUAAUAAUCAAGGCUACAUCUAUAGGAACUGCACUGAGAACGGAUGGUCCGAGCUCUAUCCAUCCUAUGAAGAGGCCUGUGAGUUUGCAGAGGAUGACGAAAGAGAACCAGUGACAACAUAUUUCUCCAACUUCAAACAGGUGUACACUGCCGGCUACGCGACCUCCCUCAUCUCUCUUAUAUCAGCUAUUUUUGUCUUCACAGUCUUCAGGAAGUUUCACUGCACCAGGAACUACAUCCACAUCAACCUCUUCUUUUCCUUCAUCCUGAGAGCGAGCGCUGUCUUUAUCAAAGACACUGUCCUUUUUUCUGAUGAAAACUUGGACCACUGCUUCAUGUCUACAACAUCCUGUAAAUCAGCGGUGGCCUUCUUCCAGUUCAGUAUCCUGGCUAACUACUUUUGGCUGCUGGUGGAGGGCAUGUACCUGCAGACGCUGCUCGCACUCACAUUUGUCUUCCAGAAGAAAUACUUCUGGUGGUACAUACUCAUCGGCUGGGGUCUCCCAACAACAAUCAUAACGGCCUGGAUUCUCACUCGCAACUUCUACGAUAACAGAGGAUGCUGGGAUGACACAGAUGUGGCCUUCAUCUGGUGGCUCAUAAAAGCUCCAAUAACUGCAUCACUCCUGGUGAACUUCAUCAUCUUCAUCAACGUAAUCCGUAUUUUGGUCCAGAAGCUGACGUCUCCUGGUGUUGGUGGCAACGAUACCAGUCACUUCAAGAGGCUGGCCAAAUCCACUCUGCUGCUCAUUCCUCUGUUUGGGAUGCAUUACAUGGUGUUUGCCUUCCUGCCGGAAAACACAGGGGCAGAGGCUCGAAUCUUCAUAGAGCUCGGCCUGGGAUCCUUCCAGGGGUUUGUGGUGGCCCUGCUCUACUGUUUCUUAAACGGUGAGGUGCAGGCUGAGCUCAAGAAGAGGUUUUGGAAGUGGCAGACUCAGAGUUACCUGAGCUACAGUAAACGACGGCGUACACUGUUCACUGAAAGCAGCACGGUCACUCAGAUCUCUGUCCUGGACAAAUCCAGCCCAAAAGAUCAGCCAGGCUCUGAGACACACGUCCUCACCCACACCCUCACACACAGCAAUGUGUCGGCUGUGUGAAAAAUGGCCGACAGCACAUGUCCUGUAUUGCAACACAUGCCCGGUUAGCAGAGACUAAACUACAGAGCCUGAUUGUUGAAUUUUUGAGGUACCUCUUAAUUUGUAUGCGACAAACGUUUUGUAGUAGUGUGUGACUUGUAGGCUUGCUGUACACCAAGUCUGACUAGAGUUCGGCUCAUUAAUUCAGAGCAUCCCACUUUCCCCCAUGAUCACACUGGUUAUAGUGUUGGCAGAAAGAGAGGUCAUAUCUUCUGUUAUUUUUUUCUGUUUAUGCUCUGGGGCCCCUCCUCCACAUCUUACUCACAGCCACCAAUUUUUUCUCAUUUUUUAAAAAAGCACUUAUAUCACAAAACCAUGUCUUGAACUUUUUAGGUUUGUGGGUGAAUGUUGAGGUAUUUUGCUCAUAUUAUUUCCUGUUCACCU